CUCGAACCUGCAUUUAGCUGAUAGAUCUGCGAGCUGAACUCAACAAAAACAUCCACACUUUAGCAGAAACCAAAACAGAAAGAUCGAUGGAUCGAGUACUGAAAGCUGCCCGAGCUUCUGGUUCUCUCAAUUUAUCAAACCGCUCUCUCAAAGAAGUGCCCAACGAAGUAUACAAAAGUUUAGAUGCUGUUGGUGAGGGUGAAAAGUGGUGGGAGGCUGUGGAGCUACAAAAGCUGAUUUUGGCUCAUAAUAGCAUUGAAUCAUUGAAGGAAGACCUUAGAAAUUUAACUCAAUUGUCUGUUCUAAAUAUCAGCCACAACAAACUUUCCCACAUUCCAGCUUCUAUUGGAGAGCUUCACUUGCUAAAAUCAUUAGAUGUUUCGUUUAACUCGAUAUUUGAGAUACCUGCAGAAAUUGGAUCGGCGACAUCUCUGAUCAAGUUUGAUUGUUCAAACAACCAACUAAAGGAUCUCCCAAGCACCCUUGGUAGAUGUUUAGAUUUAUCAGAACUCAAGGCAUCGAAUAAUUGUUUUACAAGCUUGCCAGAAGAUCUGCAGUAUUGUUCCAAGCUGAAUAAAUUGGAUGUAGAGGGAAACAAGCUAAAAAUGCUAUCUGAGAAUAUGAUUUCAUCAUGGACCAGGCUUACAGAACUCAAUGCUUCAAAGAACAUGCUGAGUGGUAUCCCUGAGAGUGUUGGAAGCCUCUCACGUUUGAUUCGCCUUGACCUUCAUCGGAACAGAAUUUCAUCAAUCCCAUCAUCAAUAAUGGGUUGCACUUCCCUCAUGGAGUUUUAUAUGGGGAAUAACACGUUGUCAUCAUUACCAGCAGAGAUAGGAGCCCUCACUCAGUUAGGGACAUUUGAUCUUCACUCAAACCAGUUAAAGGAGUAUCUAGUAGAGGCAUGCAAAUUGAAUCUCUCUGUUCUUGAUUUGUCAAAUAAUUCGUUGUCUGACUUGCCUCUUGAGAUUGGUUAUUGGGAAUUCUUGCAUUAG